GCAAGUGAUCUACAAAGGACUAAAAAACCCUAUGACGAAGGAACAGCUUGCCAAAUUGUGCAAGACAAUUGUAACCUUCAUCGCACAGACCACCCUGCAGAUCCUGCUGCCAGCCCUGGCCCGCGUACUUGGGGUAAAGGACUUUGCUGACGACGACACUGACUCACCCAAGAGGGGUGGCAGUGCAAGAUCCUUUGCUGCCUUUGAUCAGGAAAGACUGGAGCUCAUCCAGGAAGUUAGAUAUCUGGCGAAGAAAAUGUAUAAGGGCGGCACAGGGGCUCAACAUCUCAGGUCCCUAACACCCUCUUCUAAGAGUUCCCAGACCUCAGUGAAAGUCCUCCUGGGAAUGACAGAGGACAGAAUCAUCAAAAGUGUCCAGGAGCAACUGUCUGAUCAUAAUAUCCUGUCCUCUUGCCCACCUGAGCUGACUGUUGGUCUUAUCAAGGUGGUGGUCGAACAGCUUAACUCUGCCCUCUCUGCGACCAUCAGCAGAGCCAUUUCAGGGCGGUCAUCCCCUAUUUCUUCUGGUACCCAGGCCGCUGAACAAAUGGUCAACAUGGUCCAGAAAUGUUUUGAUGAUCACACCACCCCAGAGGACCAGAGCUCUACCUCUGUAUUAGAGUCAUGCAUUCCACCUGCAACAGAAGAAGUGAUGACUGUUAUCGCAGAGAUGGUGGGUGAAUUGGAAAAAGAAGAUCCGGAAUUGGCUAAGGUUUUUCGAGAAGUGGCUGUGAAAGUAAAAAUGUUGGCAUCUGGCAGUGACCUUGUAGUGGAGCACCUGGAUGUUGAAGACUCUCCUAUUCCAGAGGAGCUGAACAUAAUAUGUACAUCUUGCAAAGCAAUGAUGCAAAAUCUUGGCACUCUGUUUAGUGUGAAGUUCAAGACCAAAGCCUCAAAGGCUGUGAGUGAAAUUCUUGUGAGAAGGUUAAUGAGCGAUAUCUCUGGUAUGGUUCAACCUUCUCAUUCGUUUAGUACCACUCCAAGCUUGAUGAAUGCAUCUAGCCCAUCUGACAGGAUCCUUGAUUCUGCGGCCACUGAGCUCAUACAGACCAAAGUAGAAUCUGAGGCAUCACAAAUAAUUGAUAACUUUGUUGAAGAUGUCAAGGACAUUGUGCAGUAUGCUGAAUUAGAUCAGCCAACAAGCACCCAGAGAGAUACCCAAGUGGGACACUGUAACGACAAAGCGGAAACCCUUCCAUGCAGCUCGUAGACUCUGCGAGAGACUUCAGGCAAAGCUGGAGACAUUGUUCCUCAGAAUGGGUGGAGCUCCAGUCCAAGGGGAAGAACUUAUGGAAAAAGCUGACUCCAGUGCUGUGCUUCUGGAGCAUACUGACUCCAGUGAUCUGCCUGUUUCAAUCCUGAGCUUGCCUUCCCCAUGUAGGAGUGAAUCCCCUAUAUCAGAACGUAGUUCAUCUUCUUUAUCUGAUGGAUGUGAUUCAACUGACUCUGUAGGAGAGAAAACACCAGAGCAACCUGAAACCAGUAAGAGUGAGGCAAUACUGCAAGUGGUCAACUCAACAGGACUUGGUUCUCUCCGUAAAUGCCAAAGUGAGAACUCUCAACCAUUACUGUCUCUCUGUGAUUCCAACAUGGUGCCCUGCACCAAAGAGGUCUUGUCCCAGAUUGUGACCAUGUAUAGGUCAGAGGUGGCAGAUUUGGAAUGCACAUCAUCUGUUGCAGAGGGUUCCUCUUACAACUCCCUUGAAGUCUGUGGCUUUUUGGACAGUGUCAUGUCUUAUCUAGAAGACAUGCCUGUGUCUGGUUCUUCAUGGUUGGAAGGAUUAAGAGAUACUCCAGCCUCAGUCAUUGAGAAACUCUCCA